CCUCCGUUUUAGUGUUGUCCUGUUAUACUAGAUCUAGUACGUCUCGAAGAUGGGCAAUUGGCGGCCCAUGACCACAUGUACUUGGUUGACCACUUUGGUCACUAUGGUGAUCUUUAUCAUGUUGUGUGAUUGUCACGUGGAUCCGGAGUGUCACAUGACGACACCUCAGAUCAUCGAGUACUACGGACACAAAGUUGAAACUCACAAUGUCACAACUGAGGAUGGAUACAUUUUGACCAUCCACAGAAUUAUCCAGAAAACUGCCGCCCAAAAGGGAGUGGUAUUCCUUCAGCAUGGGUUACUGGACAGUAGUGCUACAUGGGUAAUGAACACGUACAACAAUAGUCUGGGGUUUGUUCUGGCUCAGGCUGGCUAUGAUGUUUGGCUGGGGAAUGUUCGAGGGAAUUACUACUCCCAGAAACACACCACUCUUACCACAAAAGAUCCAGAGUACUGGAACUUCAGUUUUGAGGAACACGCCAAGUACGAUCUCCCAGCAAUGUUGGAAUAUGUAUUGAAAAACAGCUGGCAUCAUGGGUUACUUUCCUACGUGGGACAUUCACAGGGAACUCUGAUGGCACUGAUAGAAUUCUCAAGGAACAAGGAGCUGGCCGGUAAGAUCAAUCUCUUCACAGCACUAGCGCCGGUGGGAAGGAUUAACAAAGCUGUCGGGGCCUUCAUACUCUUGUCGGAUAUUCUCCCUGAAAUCUUAGCUAUCACUGAUAAACUUGGUAUUUACGAUUUUGCGCCCCUUACACCAGUUGUAUCUGAGUUUGGAAUUCUACUGUGCCCACUUAUUCCAAGCAUUUGCUCGGAAGUCUUCUUCGUUAUUGCAGGACCAGACGAGUAUCUUAACUCAACCAGAGUACCGGUGUACGGGUCCCACGCACCAGCCGGAACUUCUAUGAAGAACAUCCUACACUGGGACCAGAUCUACCAGGCAAAACAACCUCAGAUGUGGGAUUACGGGUCUGCAGCAGAGAACCUGGCUCAUUACAACAAAACCAAACCCCCUGUUUACCAGUACACCGGUCUUCAGGUUCCCACUAUCUUCUUCUCUGGGGGUAACGACUAUCUAGGUGACCCUGAAGACGUACUGUGGCUAAUAGGACAACUCCAGGCCGGCGUGUUGAAGCACAGCUACACAUAUGACGGAUACGCCCAUCUCAGUUGUCUCUGGGCGUUGAAUGCCAGAGAGUGGGUCUUCGACAAGAUCAUACAGCAUUUGAACGGGGUGUGGCAAUAGAAUGGAUUUUAAAGCAAGUUCAUAGGUGCAGCUUGUGUGAGAUUUUUAAGU